AAGACGGUCACUUGGCAGGAUCAACUCAAGCAUCCUCUGAGAGAGCCCUCAGCAUGAAGCUCCUCCUGCUGCUUCUGGUGGUCAUGGCCUCUGACUUGCCUCAAGCCCACGGACACUUGAAGCAAUUCACAGAAAUGAUCAAGCUCACGACAGGAAAGAAUGGACUUACAAGUUAUGGCGCCUAUGGCUGUCACUGUGGUGUGGGUGGCAAAGGAACUCCCAAGGAUGCAACAGAUAGGUGCUGUGUCAGGCAUGACUGUUGCUAUGACCGUCUGAUGAAGCGUGGAUGUGGCACGAAAUUUCUGAACUACCGGUUUACCCAUAAGGGGAGCUCGAUCACCUGCAGUGUAAAGCAGAACUCCUGUCAGAAGCAGCUGUGUGAAUGUGAUAAAGCUGCUGCCUACUGUUUUGCUGCAAACCUGAAAAGUUAUAGCAGAAGGUACCAGUUUUAUUACAAUGGACUGUGCCGCGGGAAGACCCCGAGUUGCUGAGAGCCACCGUGCUGAAUCUUCUUCUCUAAGACCUCUCCUUCUUCCAAGCAAAGGCCCUGGAAUAAACAAUUCUCUCCCAUGGGGGCAAAAAGGAGCCCUCUGGUCUUAGCCAGGAAAUGAAAUUCAGUGCAGGGAGCAAGUGGGAUUGGCCUCUUCCCCUGCUACCACCACCGAUUCCUUCCAAGCCCAGCUUCUGGUUUAGCAUCAGCAGCUUCACAGCUACACUGGGCGGUGGAGAGGGACUCUCCUUUGAAUAAAGUAGUUCAUCC